AACGACGCGCGGUCGUGCCGGACGCCACAACACGUAUGACGUUCGUGGUGAACGAAAUAAAUAUUUUAUCAGGAGAUCGUUGAAUGAUAACAUUAUCGAUAGCGGUUUUCUCUUUUGAAUUGGUAUACAGGUGAAUUUAGUUAUGAGCUAGACCGCGAACUGAGCGGACGUGUUUCGAAAAAAAUAUAUAUUUGGAAAGUUUUAUUAGUGAAAACGCUCUUUAUUUUGCAUUUUGAAAAUGAAUGUGACGGACCUUAUGGAUUUGUUUCCGAGUAGUACGGUGGUGCCGGAUUUAACUACAAUGUUUUCGGAUGUGGACACUGUGUUGCCUAGCAUGUCGACUGUUAUGCCUAUCAUGUCGAAUGUUGUGCCUAGCAUGUCGACUGUCAUUCCCGAGAUAUCGACUCUGAUGCCGGAGUUGACGACGACCUUUUUGCCGGAGACCACAACGGCCGCGACCGACCUCAGGUCCUGGCUUACAGACCUCGUGAUGAAGAGGUCCGCGAUUAAAGGCAGCUUCUGGCAAGGAUUCAUAGCUUCCCUCUCUGUAGUUAUCGUGUCAGAGUUAGGUGACAAGACAUUCUUCAUAGCAGCCAUCAUGGCCAUGAAACAUCCGAGAGUAAUAGUCUUCGCUGGAGCAAUAUCCGCAUUAGUAUUCAUGACUAUACUAUCGGCAGCUUUCGGAUGGAUAGCUACAGUAAUACCUAGAGUCUACACACACUAUAUAAGCGCUGCUCUGUUCUUGAUAUUUGGUCUGAAAAUGCUAAGAGACGGAUGGAAGAUGGACCCGAACGAGGGCCAGGAGGAGUUGGAGGAAGUCCAGAGUGAAUUGAAGAGGAGAGAGGAUCAGGACGAGAAAGAAGAAACCCUAGACAUGCUAGAACAGGGUCAAGCUGAGAACAGGCGUAGGAGACGGAACGCCUUAAUAAAGAUAUUCCUGCAAGCUGCGUCGCUCACGUUCCUGGCGGAAUGGGGCGACCGGUCGCAGCUGGCGACGGUGGUGCUGGCGACGCGCGAGGACGCGGUGGGGGUCGUGGUGGGGGGGUCGCUGGGCCACGCGCUGUGCACGGGACUGGCCGUCAUCGGCGGCAGGAUGGUGGCGCAGAAGAUAUCUGUGAGGACUGUUACCAUAAUUGGUGGUUUAGUGUUCCUGUUCUUCGCGGUGAGUGCUCUGAUCAUCGGGCCCGGAGAAUGAGCCUUGUCUUAAUGUAAUGUAAUGUGUAAGUGACAAUAUAUAUAUUGUAUAAUAGUUGUAUAAAAGAAACUGUUGAUGUAGUUUAAUCUCAAGAAUCGAGAAUGCAUUUAAUGUGGUGGAGACAACACUAUUGUUAACUUGCUUAUUAAAUUGGCUUAUUUUAACCGACUUCAGAAAAGGAAAUGAUUAUAGGAAGCAAUUUAUGUAAUAUCGUUGGAGUGGCUCAAAAUUCAUACAUGUAUUUAUUUAUUCUUUAUGCACAAACAGA